AAAGGAUUGUGGGAGAUGUCAAGAAGUAGAUAAACCAAUCGAUCUCAUCAGGACCGAGUGCAUCUGGUCCAUCGUAUCAAAACCCGGCGCUUGUGUGUUGUGUUCAUCUGUCACCUGUCACGACUAGUUUAAUUGCGCCUUUAUCACUCCAAGCUCCAGGAAGCACACACACACACACACACACACACAAUCAUCCUCGAAUUCUUGCCACCGGGCGACUGUCGCGUCGGUAGAACCGGGUGUGCGGUGCGGUCUUAUUGCUUUUAUCCAGGCGGCUCCGGCGAUCCAAUAUUAUUCACGAGGGCCAGGGCACGUCGCGGCCCACGACGUCGCCGACUCUGCAAGCAGUGGUAUAAACAGGAGGUGGUGACAGAGCGACCCAGUCAGCCAGCCAGCCAGCCAGAACUGACGGACCGCGCAAAUCGAGCAAACGAUAAAGCCAGUGUUGAGGAUUCAGUUUCGACACUCUGCGAAUUCGGUACAAACCAAGCGACCACCACCAGACUCGGAAGAGGCCUGUUCACAGGUCGACAACACGCACACGCACACGCGCAGAAGGAUGUCCCGGGUUGUGUUGGCCACCAGCAUCACCCACGCCCUCGUGGCAGUGGGACACACGGUCCACGGCCUCAACACCUUCGCCCUGCCGCCGUGGUCCUCCCUCCCGGCGCUGCUGCGCUGCUACGCCAAGGCGGGCUGGUACCAGGGCAGCGUCUUCUUCGGCAUCGCCGCGCUGUUCACGUUCCAGCUGGCGCAGCGCGACCCGGCAACCUGGACCGCCGUCGACCGCGCCAUCACCGGGUUGGCCGCCGCGCUGUACUGCGCAAGCAGCGCGUGGUAUGUCGGGCACGGCGACCGGGCGACGGGCGCGGUGACCGGGUUGGGCGGGGUCAUGUCCGUGCUGACCUUGAUGCAAUAGCCGGCGAUGUGAUGGGAAAGUGAUGAAGUUGGUCUCUGAAGGAGAGGGGACCUGAGGAAGGGAAGGGAAGGGAAAGAUGGGUGGAUGGAAGGGGUUGUAUUUUGUUACUCUUUUACCCGACAUCCUUGCAGGCAGAGAUGCGAGAAACAACAGAUCAAAAAUGCAUUGAUUGAUUGAUACACACAAGGUCUAGUGUCAAGCCCAGCCAGUCCGUCAAUCACAACUUCGCC